AGAAAUUAUACUACGCCAAACCAACAAGGAUGUCAAUCCACUUUAUACUAGUACUCAAUAGACAGGGGAAGACCCGGUUGGCCAAAUGGUUUAAUAAUAUAUAUACAGCCAAGGAUAAGACGCGGUUUACCAAUGAGAUACACCGAUUGAUAAGUUCUCGAGAUCUGAAAUAUCAAUCAAAUUUUGUCGAAUAUCAACUGAAUAAAUUAGUUUACCGAAGGUAUGCUGGACUAUAUUUUAUAUCAUCAAUUGAUUUGAUUGAUAGCGAAUUAAGUUAUUUAGAAAGUUUACAUUUUUUCGUUGAGAUAUUAGAUAUUUAUUUUAAUAAUGUUUGUGAAUUGGAUUUAGUAUUUAAUUUUUAUAAAUUAUAUAUGAUAUUAGAUGAAAUUUAUUUAGGAGGAGAAUUACAAGAGAUUCUGAAGCAGAAAAUUUUGGAUAGGUUACAGUAUUUAGAUAAACUUGAUUAG